AUGUGGUGGAUAAUUUUUUUAUUUUUAACUAUUGUUACAACUGAUGAUUCAGAAGAGAAAUUUAAACAAUGUAAUAAUCAACAAUGUAUUUUAAUACAAUGUUAUUUUCCUGUUCCCGAAUUUUUAAAUACAACACGAAAUGAAAUAAAAUUAUUUGAUAAUUUUAUUCAAAAACAUCAUAUAUUCAUUAGCUAUCAUUUAUGUAAUGAUCUAUCAAUAGAUAAUAUGGAUGAAAUAGGUGCAUGUAUUUAUGGUGUACUUUUUAAACUCUAUCAAUUUGAUGCAAAUUUAACAAUUCAUCAACGUAUACAUGUUCAACAAGCACAAAUACAAGAAGAAUCAGUAGCUGUUGUUAUAGAUAUGAUAUCAAAUAUUCUCUAUCGUAUUCAAUCAAUAAAUGAUAUAAGUAAAUUAAAGAAUAUAAUGUCCAAUCAAGAUAAUGAAGAUAUUGUUGUUAUUAAUGCUCAAGCACUUACAGCUCAAGUACAUCUUACUGUUAGUCAAACAAUUUUAAAUUAUGGACAAUGGUUUACUUUUAUUUAUUCUAUUGAUAAAAACGAGAAAGAAACAGUGGAUUGUUUAUAUCGUAUUUAUCCAUUCGGUAGUGAUGUUUUGUCACCACAAUGUGCCAUAGAAAAAAACAUUCGUAUGACAUUAGAGAAGCGAAUAGGUGCUAGAAAAGAUCGAACGAAUAUUGUUAACUCAUUUUUUGAUUUAACUCAUGUCAAUGUAUUUCAACGAACUUUACCAACAUUAUUUUAUAUAUAUACAAAUUCGACUUUUACUUUAAUAUCAAAUGAAAAUAUUAUCAUCAUGCCAGUAACAGAUAUCAACAAUCAUGUAUUUUUACAUGAUCCAUAUCCAUUCUAUUUAUUUUGGUCAGCAAAGAAAAAUAUAUUUCAACGUCUUGGUGAUCAACCUUCGAAUGAACUUCUUGAUAUUCUUAUAAAAGAAGAACAAGAACAAUAUUUAGAAAAUGAAUAUGGAAUGAUUGAUGAUGAAGUACGAUAUAUAGCUGAUUCUUAUAAUGAAAUUGAAAUAAAUUCAAAUGUUAUAUUUCUUAAAAAUCAAGAAGAUUAUCAUCAUAUUCAAGAAAAAUAUUCAAAAACAGCUAUUCUUUUUACUGUUAAAUGGGAUUCAACAUCGAAAUUAGCACGAAAAACAUUUCAUGAAAUAGCAUUAUAUCUUCAUAAUUAUUUAUCUAUGAUAGAUAUUGAUUGUUUUGAUUGGACUGAUAUAUGUAAUGAAGAAAAUAUUUUUGAAUGGCCAACAUUAAUUUUAAUUGAAAAUAAAACAAUAAAGAAAAUUUAUCAAGGUAGUACGGAUAAAAAUGAAAUGACAUUAGCUUUAUUUCGAUUUUCGGUUAAUCAACCAUAUCUAAUUGAAGAUGAUUGUAGUGAAACAUUAAUUGAAAAUUUCCUUACACGUCAACGAUUAAUUGUUAUUGCUCGAAUUCAAUAUGAAGAGAAAUUUUGUAAUUCUUCUUUAAUUCUUAAACAAAAAUAUGGAGAUAUUAAUUCAAUUUUACAACGAAAAACAAUUGUUUAUACAUUAAAUCAAGAUCUUAAUGAUUUGAAAAUAUUAAUUUUCGAUGCUCUUCAAAUUUCAUUAAUUCCAUUUGAUCCUUUGGAUAUAAUUAAAUCAACACCAACAAUAUUUCUCGUAGCUAGUCAUUCACAACUCAUUCAACUGAAUGAUAAUUCUUUAUUAAAUCAUCCAUCAACAGAGAAUCCUUUGAUUUGGAUUGAUACAAAUUCAUUAUGGGUUCUUACUAUUAAUCAAUAUGGUCAUAUAUCUUAUCCAGCUGUGAUAUAUAUUAACUAUUCGAAUGUAAGUCUAAUUGUAAAACACAAUUAUUUUAAUUUAAUUUUAUAA